AAGCUAGGCCACCUUUGUUGUGAACUAAUUUCUUCUGGUUUCUUCUUUCCAUUUUCUUCUUCAUUUCAACUUUUCUCUUUCUAAAUAUGUACACAGCAUUUUCUUCUACACUUUUAUGUGCAUCACAAAAUGGUUUGUGACAUAAUGAAUUUGUGUAUUUAACUUAAAAUCUUUUACUUCCUUUCUUAAAACCAUGGGUUUAGAAGUGGAGGAAUUAAUUGAAAAGGAGAAUUAUGUAUUUUCUUCUCAUUUAAUAUCUUGUACAAUUUUCUUACUUGAUUCAAAAAAAUAAUAAUUGAACUUUCAUUAAUUCAAGAAAGAAAGUGCAAUCAUCAUGAAGAGAACUCGUAGUACUGAUUCCUUGGGUGCACCAUUGAUGUCCAUGUGUCAAAACACUACAGAUGACCAAAACCAUUGGAACAACCAUAUUUAUUCAAGGGACUUUCAAUCCAUGUUAGAAGGCUUAGAUGAUGAAACAACAUGUAUAGAAGAAUCCGGCUUUGGAUCCGAGAGAAAACGGAGGUUGAAGGUUGAUCAAGUGAAGGCAUUGGAGAAAAAUUUUGAAGUUGAUAACAAACUUGAACCCGAGAGGAAAGUGAAAAUAGCUCAAGAACUUGGACUUCAACCGCGACAAGUGGCGAUUUGGUUUCAAAAUCGUCGUGCUCGAUGGAAGACAAAGCAAUUGGAGAGAGAUUACAAUGUUCUCAAAGCAAAUUUUGAUUCUCUCAAACAUAACUAUGAAUCUCUUCAACAUGACAAUGAAGCUCUCUUGAAAGAG